AUGAUUUUUUUUUUAAUAAAUGAAAUUAUAGGAUUUGAAUAUAAAAAUAUAAAUACUAUAAUAAUUAACAAUAAUAAUGAUAAUAAUAAUAAUAAUAAUAAUAAUAAUAAUUUAAAUAAAAUCCAAUGUAAUGAUAAUUCAUUGUAUCCAUUUGAUUUACCAGUAUUAAUUUAUAUUGUAUCAUUAGUUGAAAGAAAUGAUAUUAAUAAUGAAAUUAAUAAUAAUAAUGAAAAUGAAUCAAAUAAAUUUUUAACAGCAACAGUUAAUGGUAGAACAUGUUUAAGUCAAGGUAUUGAUAAUAAUUUAUCAUUUGAAUUAUCAAUUGGUUCAAAUGUAACAAUUCCACAACAAUUAUUAGAAAAAGAAUUUGAAGCAAAAUAUAUAAAUAUUAAUUUUCGUGGUGAAAUUUUAUCAUUUCCUGAUUUAUCAAUUUUAAUUAAACAUAAUAAUUUUCCAGAUACAUAUCAUAUUGAAACUAUAUUUAAAAAAUUUUAA